CACUUUUCCGGUACAAGAAUCUCUAUUUGUCUCUCUCUGUCUCUCGAAUUCUUAGUUUUUUUCUCCCUUUUCUUUUGUGCUGAUUCAAUUUCGAGUUAGAACAGCUCCCUUUAAUCUAAUAUUUUCCCAUAUUUGAAUUCUGAUUUAGCUUUGAUAAUCUUUGAUAGCUAUUUCCCCUUGUGUGUGUUUUUUUUAAUCUGGGUGUUGUUUCUUUAAUGGCGGGAACGCUUCAGCUGAUGGGAAGUAACCGAUUCUCUUAUCUCUGAAGGGUUGUUAUCUUUUAUUGUUUGAUUCCCACUCUGAUUUAUGUAAAACCUAAAAAAAGUGGGGCGGGGUUGAAAAUCGGAGAUUCUUCUUUUGAAGCUAAAUUUGAUGGCGAACCCACCGGGGAACCAUCAACAAGAAGCGAAUCGCCCGUCCCCCUCUUUUAAUGGAGCACACUUGAACAACGGGAAUCCGGCACCCGACACCUUGGGUUCGGGUUUGAAGCAUAACCCUGGUAUUUCGAUGGAUUGGACAUUAGAAGAGCAAGUUAUACUCGAAGACUGGUUAAAAACAUUUGCACUAGAUCUGAGCAUAACUCGUUACGCGAAGAUAGCCAUGAACUUGCAAAAUAAGACAGUACGGGAUGUGGCUUUGCGUUGCAGAUGGAUGAAUAAGAAGGAAACUAGCAAGAGAAAGAAGGAAGAGCACUGUCAUGCCAGGAAAAGUAAAGACAAAAAGGAAAGAGUAGUUGACCCUUCAGCAAAGCCUACUCAUUUUGCUGGUCAAUCUAGUAAUCCCCCAUAUCCAACUCCAAUGAUUCCUGUGGACUACAAUGAUGGCAUUCCACUCGGAGCCAUCGGCGGGGUGGCAGGAGAACUUCUGGAGCAGAACGCUCAAGCCUUGAAUCAAAUAUCUGAAAAUCUUGCGUCAUUUAAGAUACAGGAAAAUAUCGGCCUCCUCUGCCAAACUCGGGACAAUCUUCUCAAGCUCAUGAACGAGAUGAAUAACAACGUGCCGGAUAUAAUGAAGCAGAUGCCACAACUUAUGAAACUGAACCUAGAUCUCGCCAACACCAUCCUCCCUCCUCCGCCCCCUCCCAUGUAGCCGUGAUCCUCCUUCCAUCCCGUCAAGCUCGUCUAUUCAGUUUCCCCUUUAAUACAGUGCGGCUCCGCUGAACGGGAAAAUAACUGCCCGUCGACGUGAUCGUCGCGUUUAAGAAAUGUAGAAGGCUUAGUGUUUUGUUUUUUAUUUUGCUUCUGAACCCUCAGUAGAUUUGUUUCUCGGUUUCAUGCAGUACCUAAGGGCUUGUAUAGGGUGGUUUGUGCAUAAAGCAAGAGUUGAAAUAUAAAUUUUAUCUCUUUGCUUUAAAUAUAGUUUUUAAAUAUCUCAUCAUAAUAUCAUAAUGUAC